AUGCAAUUUGAUGGCGACGUGCGGCUCUGCAGGGGAGACCCACUCCUAAUAGUCACAUUUCGACAGUGUGAUGGACAUGCGUCUCGUCAGUCAUUAAUGCGCUGUUCGAAGUCGAUAUUUGAAGGAUGUAGGUCGGCUCUUCUGGCUGGAAAACUGAGCACUUUACAGGAAUGUUUUAUCCGAGGCCGAGCUGAUCGGCUUGUCCACUAUUCAACCUUUGAGGUCGGUUACACUACCCGUAUGCAAUACCCGCCAGAAAUGGGCAAAAAGGAGAGAGCACAAGAGAGAAGAGAAAGGCGCCGCCAAGAGAUCGCUCUCCUUCGAGCAAUUCCUUAUUCCGAUCAACAAAGAUGGUGGACUCCCAACACUAUUGCAGUGGUUACAGGUUCGAAUAGGGGAAUCGGGUUUGAGAUUGCGCGACAACUCGCAUCUAAUGGGUUGACAGUUAUUGUCACCUCACGAGAGAUUACUGCUGGAGAAGCAGCAGUUAAGGUCCUAAAAGAAGAAGGUCUUAAUGUGGUUUCCCAUCAGCUAGAUAUUUUAGAUCCUUCGUCUAUUGAAACUUUUGUACAAUGGACAAAGGAGACUUAUGGCAGCGUAGACAUACUGGUGAACAAUGCAGGAGUGAAUUUCAACACAGGCUCAGACAAUUCUAUUGAAUUUGCUGAGAAGGUUGUUGCAACUAAUUUCUAUGGGACUAAAAACAUGAUUAAAGCCAUGAUCCCUUUAAUGAGACCUUCGCACUCUGGUGCUCGUAUCGUAAAUGUGAGCUCGAGACUGGGAAGAUUGAAUGGGCGGCGGAAUCGAAUAGGAAAUAUUGACCUGAGGAAAAAGCUAGAAGAUGACGAAUCCCUGUCAGAGGACUUAAUCGACCAGACAAUGGCUACAUUCCUAGAACAAGUAAAAGACGGCAGUUGGGAAAAUGGUGGAUGGCCUCAAGUUUAUACAGAUUAUUCCUUGUCGAAAUUAGCAGUGAAUGCGUACACGAGGAUGAUAGCGAGAAGAUUAGAUGGUCAAAAAAUUUACAUCAACUGCUGUUGUCCAGGCUGGGUGAAAACCGGCAUGACUGAUUGGGCUGGGCUUAUUAGCCCCGAAGAAGGUGCUGAUACUGCAGUUUGGCUUGCUUUGCUUUCUGAUCAAUUACCAAGUGGCAAAUUUUUUGCCGAGAGGCGUGAGAUAAAUUUCUAGAGUUUGCACGAAUUGGCAUCGAUUCAGAUGUAGGGAAAUAUCUUGCAGACUAAAUAUGCUUCCAGGUGGAAAAAACACAACCACCAUUAGAAGUUGAUGGAUCAUGAAUUGUGUUUGUAAUUUGUAUGAGAUACUCUUCUGUAGUGAAAUUAGUUUUUCUAUAUUCACACCAAAUGUUAAGGAACUUUGGAACUUAGGCAAUUACUGCUGUAUAUUAAUAUGGAACACACAUUAUAACAAUUUUCAAGAAUCCCAAG